AUGCAAGAGCGAGACUCUGCAACUAGCCCGUCUCAGGCUUCCGCCGGGGCUGGCGGAAAAAGCCGAGCGCGCUCGGAAGCGCUCGCCCGCCUUCGGCUCCCCUCGCCGCCUACCGCCAGGGGGCGGGGCCGGCGCUUCGGCACGUUCGGCGCAGGGCAUCGUGGGAAGGGCGGCCGGUGCAGCCGCGGCUGCCAUCUUAGGGACUCCCCGCGCUGCGGCCUUCUCGUUGGGGCGGCCUCGGUGGCGGCUGUCGGGCGUCGCGGCGGCCUUCGCUGCCUCCAGCUUGCCCGCCGUGGGCAUGUGAAAGGGAGAAAUGCACGAACCGGAAGUGUUCGGGGGAUGCGUCUUGACCCUGGAAUUCACCUGGGUCGCCCGCCCCCGUCCGCGCCCGAGCCCGCCCCUUUUCUGCUUUUGCCGGGUCCGCCUCUCGCGGACAUGUGCGUUUUUGUUAACUUGUCUCCCCCGUGCAGUGUACUUGUUUCCAAGACAUUUGAAAGGGUCGGCACUGCGCACGUGUAUGCUUUUUACUUCGUGGGACAUCAGAGUUCCGGGAAGAGAGUUGCUUGCUCGAGGUCCCGAUGGGGUAGACUCGUGCGUGAGAAAGAGCCCCCUCUCGGCCGACAACAGGAAAUAGAAGAAAAACUCAUCGAGGAAGAAACAGCACGAAGAGUGGAAGAAUUGGUGGCAAAAAGGGUAGAGGAAGAAUUGGAGAAAAGGAAGGAUGAAAUUGAGCGAGAAGUUCUCCGAAGGGUGGAGGAAGCCAAGCGCAUCAUGGAAAAGCAGUUGCUCGAAGAACUCGAGCGACAGAGACAAGCUGAGCUUGCAGCACAAAAAGCCAGAGAGGAGGAAGAACGCGCAAAACGUGAGGAGCUAGAGCGAAUACUGGAAGAGAAUAACCGAAAAAUUGCAGAAGCACAAGCCAAACUGGCUGAAGAACAGUUAAGAAUUGUUGAAGAACAAAGAAAGAUUCAUGAGGAAAGGAUGAAACUAGAACAAGAGCGACAGCGUCAACAAAAAGAAGAGCAAAAAAUUAUCCUGGGCAAGGGGAAGUCCAGACCAAAACUGUCCUUCUCAUUAAAAACCCAGGAUUAAAUUGCAAACUCUGAACUUUUUACAAAGAAAAAUGGAAAAACUUUGUAUGGUAGCUUCAUGUUGAAGUGGUUUUUUUGUUUUUGUUUUGUUUUUUUUUAAUUUGUAAAUUCUGGAAAGUUAGCUUGUUCUAAUAGGGGCUAUGCUCUGCAAUUCCUUCUUUUUUUCCCUUUAACUUCCAUUAAGUCAAAUCCUUAUCAGAUCAUUGCUGUCUUCUAAAAAGUGAUAUAUUUUUCAUCUGUUUGGAUUCUGUAUGGUGGUCUGAAGAAGGACAGAUCACUUUGUAAACUGAGUGGUCUGAUAAGGUUUUUACUGACCCGCUGACUUCAGAGUUAUACUCUGUUUACUACAUCAUAAUGCUGGUUUUGCUGACUUUUUGUUUUUUUAUAUAUUUAUAAAAAAAGAAAAAGUUGGUAAUUGCAUUGGAAAUUUCCCAGAGUAUUACUGGACCCAUGUGGUGUAUUGUUAAACCAGUGUCCUUAUGAUACUGUUGCUCUUGAUGUUCCUGAUACAGGUAAGGAAACCAUUGCUCAACUCUGAUGCAAAAUAUAUAUACAGUUCAGUAUUGUCUCUGUUCAAUUUGUUUUUAUUUCAUUGACAAAAUCAAACCAGCAUUCCCCAUUGUGUAAAUAAAUGAUUUUGCUGAAUAAAGUAAAGUCUUAAAUUCAUAUGUUUAAGCAAUUUUUUUUGAAGUUAUGUUAAGUCUUAAAGAGGGUGGUUUACUUUUUGAUGGUCAACAAUUUAGAAAUCUUAGAACUAUGCUAUAUUUCCUCUCGUUUAUACUUUUAACAUAGCGUUUAUAUGUACAUUAAAUAUACUUGUGAAUUAGUAUUUAAUUGCUAUUUUUACAGAUAUCAACUUUAUGCUAAUAGAGCAACUGUGACAUCAGUAUUACCUUUAAGAAAGACUAACAACACCCAAAAGGAGAUGUACCGUCUCAACCUGUGCCUCUGUUUUAGGAUAUAAAUAUUAUCACAAGUUAUACUUAAUAAAGACUAGAAAAUUGCUUUUAAAAAUUUAUGGAAUCUUAGAUCAUUUUUAAAGUGGGCCAUCAGAAAGAACUUAGCUUUUUACUUUCAGAAAAGGCUAAGAUGGUCAAAUCAUCUUCCGUGUAGUGUACUUGCACGUUUACUUUUGGGACAAAUCCCUUUAAACUCUUCAUGAGGUUUUGGGGUUUUUUUGCAUGUGGAACCUUGUGGAUGACUCUUUCAUUUUAUACACUAGAAUCUGCCUCAUUUACCCUGACAUAUGUUUAAGUCUACUGGUAUUAAAACAUUUAUUCAAGAAAAGGAUGUGGAUAUAAAAUUGCUACCUGCCAUGCAUAAACACGUCAUCAAGUAGAGAAAAUGUUGCCCAAUGUUUUCGAGACAGUUUGGUCAUUCCUUAAAAUUGAAAACAUAAGUUAAUGAGAUGACUAAUUGGUAGAUUAUUUUGUGUGUGCAUGCUAAGAGAAAUGCUAUUGCUUUAGUUUUGAGCUCUUCAGUGAGUCUAAUUGUGGUAAGGAGCAAUAAAAUCCGUUUAAAUAUCUUUAAAGGUAGAAAUUUAAAUAGGCAUGAGCUGUAGUGAGAACUAUUAGUAAACAUAAUACCUAUUACUCUAAAAUCAAGCAUUAAUUUUAUUUUCCUAAAGAUUAUAGCUUGCCUACAAAUCUUUUCUCUCUAAAUAUAGUUUAGCUGUAAUUAUUUCAUGCUUCUUACACUUUUUUUAAUGUAACUUUUUUGGGUGCAGAUUUAUCAUUCCUAAAUUCUGUAUUUAAGUUUUUGGAAAUGUUUAUUUAAAAAUUGCUUUGCUAUCCAAGUGUUCUAAACAUUGUAUCUAAAGAGAGUAGCCUGGACUAAACUAUCUGAAAUCAGCUUAUGCGUGCCUUUUAAUUUUUUUAACGUAUCUUACUGCCACAUAUGGUAUGAAAUCACAGUAAGUUGCCUAAUGACAUAUUACAGUAUCUGCUUGCUGUUGGAGCCUCCAAUGAGAUAUUGAAAUUGUUCCUGUGCUUGGUCACUGACUACUGUUCUCUGCCAAGCUAUGGGAAAGAGGAUGUAAUUGUUAACAGUGUACACCCAGUCUUUUCUGUGCCGCAACAAUGUAGUAAUUUGUUUUCUUCAUUUGUUUCUACUGCCUUUGUGUACAUAUUAUAAAGGUUAAAUUUUUCUCCCAAUCUCUUAGCAGUUAAGAUGUUCCCUAAUUUAUUAAAUACGCCUUUAUCCAUGAUUUGUUUUUUUAGGUUAUUCUUAAUGCAUUAUAGAAUUAACUAAUGACUGUUUAUUUUUAUUACAGUAUUUAUGUAGUUAUUGCCAUUUAUAUUGUGGUUUGCAGAAUAAUCAAUUGUAUAAAUGAAACCUUUAAAUUA